AUGGUGAACGAGGACGUAGAUUUAAGGAGUAAACCCGGCGUGGGUGUGAUGCCGGGGUCUCCGCAGGGUUCGUCUCGGGUUCCGGGAAAUUCGGGACGGGUCCUGUCAGCUUGGUAUCAGAGCUUAGGUUCAAUUUCUUGUGGACCCCGCACCUUGUGUGCAUCCUUAAGUUGUGGGAUCAUGAUGGGUUCCGUCACGGGACGUCAUCAUUUUGAUGCGGAGGAUUCUUUGACAUGGAUGGAUUUAGGAUAUUGA